AUGGCAGGCCUAUACACACUAGGGAGCACACUCACACGCAGAGAGCUACCUUACGGUGAGCUCACCAACUGCACCUACCUGAUUGCUCUGAAGAUGGACUGUUUCUGGCCCAACCGGCUGGUGGACGAGUUCUUCAUCCGCAUCCACAAGCAAUACUUCCACGAUUGCUCCCUGUCGGGACGGCUGCUGCGUGAUCCGCCCAACCGUAUCCUUGGGCCGUUCAUCGUGGUGCCCAUCCUUGUCACGUUGCUCAUGACUGCCCUAGUGGUGUGGAGGAGCAAGCGCAGUGAAGGCAUGGUGUAG